AUGGCAGGGAUCGACAGCGUAGGCUCCUUGGUGCUCGUGCUGCUCGCGCUCUCGGCGGCGCCGCUGGCCGUCGUGGCCGGCGACCCUGACAUCCUCACCGACUACAUCGUCCCCCUGAGCGCGAACCCCGGGAACAUCACCGGCCAGUUCUUCGCGUACACCGGCCUGCGCGCCGCGCUGGCCGCGCCGGCACCGGGGAACUUCACGGCGACCAAGGCCUCCAUGGCGGAGUUCCCGGCGCUCAACGGGCAGAGCGUGUCCUACGCCGCGCUCUCGUUCCCGCCGGGCUCCGUCAACCCGACGCACACCCACCCGCGCGCCUCCGAGCUGCUGCUCGUCGUCGACGGCGCGCUCUCCGUCGGCUUCGUCGACACCGCCGGGAAGCUCUUCACCCAGGACCUCGCCACCGGCGACAUGUUCGUGUUCCCCAAGGGCACCGUGCACUGGCAGUGCAACAAGGGCACCCAGCCCGCCAGGGCGCUCUCGGCGUUCGGGAGCGCCGCCGCGGGGCUCGUGUCCGUGCCCGUCACCGUGUUCGGCACCGGCAUCGACGACACCGUCCUCGCCAAGUCCUUCAAGACCGACGUGGCCACGGUCCAGAAGCUCAAGGCCGCCCUCACCCCGCCCAAGAGGCCAUGA